UUCAUUCACUUUGUGCCAAUCACAUUGCCUCUCCGUUUGCUGCCGUUUGAUUUCUCAGUUCAUGAGUUCACACCGCCAUCUUUCUUUUCCAACAAAUUUUGUCCGCAGUAAGGAGAAACCAUGGGUACUGUUGAGCGUGCUGGCGAUGCGACUUCGGAGGUGGAAUCCGGUGAUGAGGAGGAGAUUGUUGGUGGUGGUGAACUGGCGCAGCACCUCAUGAAAAGCGGCAUGACCCGCGGCGAGAUGCUCGCGGCCAUCACGAACCGUAUCCACGCGGAGGCCAUAGCGUCCCUCCCUCCGAACGUGAGACGGCGGGUCCGCGCGCUCAGGGCGCUCCAGAAGGAGUUCGUCGAUGUCGAGUCCAAGUUCUACAGCGAGGUGCACCAGUUGGAGUGCAAAUAUGAGAAGCUGUACAAGCCAUUGUUUGAGAAGCGCGCUCAAAUCGUGAACGGCGCGUACGAGCCCACGGACAACGAGUGCCUGAACCCGUGGCGCGACGAGACCGAGGAGGAGGAGCUGGCCCGCGCCGUGCAGCAGGCCGCGCUCACCGACGGCGAGGAGAAGAAGGAGGGAGAGGUCAAACCGCCGGCUGAACCCCCAAUGGACCCCAAUGUCAAAGGAGUGCCCGACUUCUGGUACACGAUAUUCAGAAACGUGUCCAUGCUGUGCGAGAUGAUGCAGGAACAUGACGAGCCUAUCCUUAAGACCUUGCAGGAUAUUAAAGUCCUAAUGCACGAAGACCCCAUCGGCUUCACGCUGGAGUUCCACUUCGCGCCCAACGACUACUUCACAAACACGGUGCUCACUAAGGAAUACUCCAUGAAGUGCAAGCCUGAUGAGGAGAACCCACUAGAAUUUGAAGGCCCUGAAAUCUAUUCAUGCAAGGGUUGCGAAAUCAACUGGAAGAAAGGCAAGAACGUGACAGUGAAGACGAUAAAGAAGAAGCAGAAGCACAAGUCCCGUGGGUCCGUGCGCACGGUCACCAAGUCCGUGCAGGCGGACUCCUUCUUCAACUUUUUCUCGCCGCCCGCCAUGCCUGAGGACCCUAACUCCACUCUAGCGUCCGAUAUCCAGGCGCUACUGACGGCGGACUUCGAGAUCGGGCACUACAUCCGCGAGCGCGUGGUGUCGCGCGCCGUGCUGCUCUACACGGGCGAGGGGCUCGACGACGACGAUGAUGAUGAUUACGAGGAGGAGGAGGAAGAGGAAUGCUCAACCGAAGAAAGCGAAGACGACGAGCCAGCUCCCCGGAGGCCCCGGCCUAAGAAACCCAACAAGGCGCCCCAAGAGAACCCCGCAGAGUGCAAGCAGCAGUAGCUUGCACUUGACCCUAGCCUGAUAACCCAUGGGUAAAUGGUACAUGGUGCUGUCAAUUCUUCGUGCGAGUAGCGGUGCAAGUUGAAAGGUAUCGGUUCGAAGCCGCAUCAUUGCAUAUGUAAGGAUUUUUUUGUUGAAAUUGAAGCCAAAUCUGAUGCAUUUUUACAUUGAAAGUGCCUUUUGUUUUUGUAGCAUCUGAAAUUUUGUGGAAUGCCGGCGCGACAAUGAAUGUAACGUAAUUAAAAACAGUUUCAUAAACAAGGCCACUCAAACAUAUUUUACACGUGAUCACAUUUUUUGAAGUGAUUGCGAGUGUGCUUUGAUAUAAGGUUUCUCUUUUAUAUCUCGAUUUACUUGUGAUAGUCAGCUGGUACUGACGAGAUUCUUGUCGCCCUUAAAGAAGUUUUGACAGUUGUAAUCAUAUGUAACCUCGCAAUAGUUUUCAUUUCCCAUACAUUCCUUCAUAUUUUGAAUGUUACAAUUAUUUUUAUUGCAGUCUUCAUUUUAAAAUUAAUUUUGUAAGAAUUAUCCGCCUUUAGCGUGGCCAUUGAAAUUGAUUUUCUUAUAGUUUUGGUGCUUUGCGCCUUCCUGCCGUCCUAAAAGCGCAGUUGAUAUUUGUAUUAUCUGCGUUUUUCGUUUCGUCAGUUAUUUAACGGUUACGAUAAACACAUGUGAUGUAGCAACAGCCGAUAGUUAUAAAAACGCGUUUUAAGACUAAUACAUAGUUGUUUAUAAUACAUUUUACUGAUGCAUCGUUUAGAACGCAGCGCAAGUAAGCCCGUUACAUAGGCGUAAUUGUUAUGUUAAGGAACACAGGAGUUGUCGAUGUCUUAUGGUGUAAUAAGACAUUGGAUUUAGUAUUACAAUAUCAACCGCAUACACCAGCUAUAAGGUAUUUGUACACGUUUUUAAAAUAAACUUAUUAAUGUA